GCAGGAGGUUCAGGCACGAUGGUCUGAGAGUCGCAGGUUGUGGGCGACGUUGUACUGGGACUUAUGGCACCUGGAGGUGCGGAGGUGGAGCAGGUAUUCAGUCAUGAGGACCGUCGUGUUGACGUUGGAGCUGAGGGUGUGGAGGUGGAUGUUGCAGACACAGAGGAGCCACACAGGGUGCCCAUUCACGUUCAGCCCAUCUCGGAUGAGGUUCACAUUGGAGACAUGACACGAGGCGACGUGGAGGAGUCGGGAGGGCACGAAGCAGAGGGCAAGGGGCGAGUGGAUCUUCACACGACAAGCUCCACCUUCGAGACGCAGGUGGUAGCGGCAUACGAGGAGGAGAGGGCUGAUGUGGUGGAUCCUUUGCCCGACACCCCUACUGGCCGUGGCGGAUGCACUGGUAUCCGUGACGCAUCGACGCCAGCUCACACCCUUGUUAGCCUUGUAUAUUAUGGAUCCCCUGGGAGCUUGGAGCGUGAGGAGGCGGAGUCAGCGAGGAUUAGAGAGGAGCGAUGGGCUGCUCACAGUGAUAUGCAUCCACCAGCACUGGCCACGCCCUGCGCGCAGAGCGUUGCCCAACAUCCGACACCGGGGAAUGUUGUUGGGAGAGGAUACAUGUCUACCUCGUUGGCACCUUCAAGGCAGGAGGUUCUGCAGUCUCACCACCAUCCUUGGUCAUCUGUGCGAAGAGUGGAUGGAAAGCUUAGGAGAGAAGUUAUUGCGGCUGAGGCGAGACGUAGAGAGGAGAGACAGAGGGCAGAGAGAGAGGCACAGAAGAGAGCUCUAGCAGAGAGAGAGGCAGAGGAAGCAAGACAGGCCGAGGGUAGCAGCGGGGGCCGACCCGGUAUCGGCACCGCGUGUCGUAUUUUGGGAGCGAGACGUCCUGGGGAGACGCGAGAUUUGCGCAUACCGGCCGCACCCGAGCCGGGAGUGCAGAGCGGGGCGUACACCUUUCGCGAGGAGGCUUUGCCUAUGUGCGUUUGGCAGAGACGUCAUGACUUCUUGAUGGAGAUAGAAGCUCGUAUGACAGCCCACCAGGCGGAGACUGCAGCGUUGGAGGGCUCAGCGUUGGCGAGGGUUGAGGAGGCUGCACAAAACGUAGACGCAGACAUAGAGGAGGAGCCUAUUGACGUGGCGAGGCGGAGAGAGAGAGAGAAGGGAGCGGCUUCUUCGACACGAUUGGCCACGCAUGGUCCUCAAUUGGCGGGUCGGGGUGGCGGCCGUGGUGCGGACCAGUUAUAGGGACAUGAGCCUUGCUUUGUUCCAUGCAUGUUUGGAGUUGACUCGAUUGUCCUUAGGUUUGUUUGUAGUCAUCAUUAUGUAUUGUGUAGAAAGA